AACGGAAUACGUGAUGACAUUGCAUCGGCUGACAUUCGAAGUUUGUGUGCAACGAAGAAGUGUGUAAGGUGAAAAGGCAUUUUAAAAAUAACUACGCAGUGUGUCGGAGUGGAUGUCACGUCGUCUAGUUCGUGCAUCUUCGUAGUGUGAAUUUUAAAGAAAAUCGUGAAAAAUUCUAAGCAAAUAUAUUAAUUUAAUAUCGUUUAACGAAAACGUUCAAAUGCGAAUGCGUAAACAAGGUUUGCCAAAAUUGUUGCUGAGCAAAGGUCGUAUCUCGAGUUCGGUGAAAUCGUGUUUGGUGCAUAGAUAAUGCAAGUGAGUUGCUGCUGGUAUAUAGUCAAUGGAUAAAAUGGUUCAAAAAAGUGAAAAAUCUGUGCGAUAUUGUAAAUAUUGAUACAGCGAUUAACUACAUAAUCUAAAAAAUGAAUUAUUAACUUUAAAAAUUAAUAAUCCUCCAUGAGAAUAUAUAAAUCUGUGGAUAUACUUAUCAACGUAUGGAUUAACUACUCAAAUAAUUAAAGAUAACACACAGUUUUGAAAAAAUGGGCACAACCGCAAAUGUGUUGACAACUACAAAAACUUGUAUAAAAUCAGUGGCAGCUAAUACAGAAGUAGCCUCACAAAAAUACGCGACAAGUUGACCGCAACUUUUAUAAACAAUAUUUCGACGCGCUAGCGCAAUAUCCCUCCCACCGUGUUUUGUGCUUCUUUUGAAAAUUAUGAAAUAUCUUUUUCCAUCAUAAGCUACAACAAUAUUCUCCUUAUUAUCCCAACAUUUAUAAUCCCUUGUGAAGUUAAACAAUCGAGGCCGAUUUUAUGUACAUGUAUUUAGUGCUACUAUUUUAGUGCGACUAGCUUGCCAUUCGGAAUAUAACCAUCGAUUGUCAAAAGUUGUACACGAAUAAAUGUCACAAUUGAAAAUAUAAAAUUCAUAAAAACUUUUUCUUAAACCAUUAAUUCAAAAAAAAAAAAAAUUAACACGAAACUUAUAAACUGAAAAUCUUACCAAUUUACAAGUAAACAAAUACAUUACAACGGCACAUUUUAUAAACAUCUUGACACAAUGAGCCGUUACUAUACCAACAAUACGGGCGGUAGCAGUACCAAAGCCCUGAAUUUGACCGCCAGUGCCACUGUCAAAAAGAUGGGCACCCGACGACAAGCUGACCACGAAAGCGGGUUCUAUGAACAGAGUGCGGAUGAUACACAUUUUACUGGUGGUGGUGGGAAGCGUACCCGCCAAUCUUCUGCUGAGCAGCAUAUGAAUGGGGGGCGAAGCAAGCGUCAGAAGGUAAAUAUGGGCACAACGCAGCCAAUUGGUGCUCAUAUGGGUGUACAAAGCCAAAGUAAGUACUCAAGACAGGGUGCAAUGGCAACUAAUAGCAAGCAAGAUCAACGCAAUCAAUACUAUAUCAAUAACAAUAACAAUGGGAGCAAACGUUAUGCACAACCUCAGAUGCCUCAACAACAAUCGCAACAUCAACAAGUCAGUAGCUCUACGUCAAAUAAAAAGACAACUGCUAGCAACAAUAAUAACAAUAAUAUAAAUAACAAUAAAAACAAUUAUUAUGUGCAACUUACUGCAAAAAUGAAUGCAUUACCAGUGGCAGAGACCAUCGAAGUGCCGGACAGCAGUGACAGUGAUAAUGAUGACAAAGCUAAUAGAAAAGCGGAAGGAGUUCAUAAGGAUCGUGUGGCUAAUGGCGGAGGUGUUAGUAGUGGAAUGCCAACACUCAUUGUUAGCGGCAGUAGUAGCAGUAACAGCAAUAGUAAUAGUCAAUUGGUUGCCUCCCAUUCACAACACCAGCACCCACAGAACAAAUACAAGUAUGAGCAACAACAUCACCACCAACAGCAGCAACAACAACAAAUGAGCGUUAAUGGUGCAAGUAGCAGUGGUCAAGCGUCGAGUAAAAAUAGGGAAAGCAAUCGCAAAGCUGAACUCUCCAACGGUAACAACAAUGUGGAAUUAGAACGUUUGCAACGUGAAAUCGAAGAAGUUACACAAGUUCAUUCCAAAUGUACAGCAACGGAAGAGGAAAAAGUGAAUUUGUCACAUUUCAAACUGAUACGCGUACUUGGAACUGGGGCUUACGGUAAAGUGUUUCUGGUGCGUAAGAUUGGUGGUCAUGAUGAUAUGACAUUGUAUGCCAUGAAGGUGUUAAAGAAGGAUACGGUGGUGCAAAAGAAGAAGACAGCCGAACAUACCACAACCGAACGACAAGUUCUCGAGGCUAUACAACAAAGUCCAUUCCUAGUUGGCAUGCAUUAUGCAUUCCAAACAGAUUCGAAAUUAUAUUUAAUUUUGGAUUACGUCAGUGGCGGUGAACUCUUUACGCAUCUCUAUACAGCCGAACAUUUCUCGGUGGCAACCGUACGCAUUUACAUUGCCGAAGUGGUGCUCGCCUUGGAGCACCUGCACAAAUUGGGUAUUAUAUACCGUGAUAUAAAACUCGAAAACAUUUUACUAGACGGACAGGGACACAUAGUGUUGGCCGAUUUUGGUUUAUCAAAGAUAUUCGAACCCGAUUCGGAUCAUCGUGCGCACAGCUUCUGCGGUACAUUAGAAUAUAUGGCACCAGAAAUCAUACGCGCUGGUGCUACUGGACAUGAUCUCGCUGCCGAUUGGUGGUCUGUGGGCGUGCUCACAUAUGAAUUGCUCACUGGCGCCUCGCCUUUUACCGUUGUCGAACAACAAAACUCUCAAGUCGACAUUUCACGUCGCAUACAAAAAGUCGACCCAGUGCUGCCAUCCACAUUGAAUGAUACAGUCAAAGACUUUAUAUUGAAAAUGCUGCAUAAGGAUCCCAAAAAGCGUUUAGGUGGUAAUAGCAAAAAUGCUGCCGAAAUCAAAAAGCAUCCCUUCUUCAAAGGUAUCGACUGGGAUGAGUUGAAGAGCAAAAGGCGAAAAGCGCCCUUCAAACCCAACCUAGAUAGCGAAGAUGACACGCAAAACUUUAGCGAGGAAUUUACCAAACAACCAGUGAUUGAUUCACCCGCUCCGGUUCCUGUUAAUACGCAUAGAUUGUUCCGCGGCUACUCGUAUGUGGCGCCGCAACACUUGAAACCGCGCAAAGCGCUGCAAAAUGCCUAUGACAUUGAGUAUUGCAAAGACCCCGUGAUGAAUCCAACAAAUAGUCCGCCCACGCUGCAAUUGGGUAGCGUUUUGAGCAAUGGCAGCUUCGGCAGCUGUUACAAACUCACAGACACCGAAAAACACUGCAAUCACGUGGUUAAAGUGGUGUCGGAAAAAUUAUAUCGCCCUGCCGAAGUUGAUGCUCUGAGAUCGUGUAAACAUCGGAAUAUCUGUAAAUAUAUCGAUACCUAUCGUAAUGGCUUGAGCUUUUGGAUUGUGAUGGAGCAUGUGGCUGGCGGUGAGUUGCAACAGUUGGUGCAUGCGUCUGGUGGUCUCUCUGAGUCACAAUGCUGUGAUAUUUUCCUACAAAUUUGUGAUGCUGUGCAAUAUUUGCACGCGAAGAAUUUCAUACAUGGCGAUCUAAAACCGGAAAAUAUAUUAUUUACCGAUACGCAAAUGAAACGUAUCAAAUUGGUGGACUUCGGCUCGGCCAGCUACAACUCAAAAGCUGAAAAUUGGCAAGAUGUGCCCCGUUAUACACUCGACUAUGCGCCACCUGAAAGUCUGGUAGAUCCACACUGCACCACGUACUCCAAAGCCUAUGACGUGUGGAGUCUCGGCGCCACACUUUACGCCAUGUACAUGGGUCAUCCGCCGUUCAGACGCAGUCAGAGUGAGCAAAUUCCUGAACGUGUCGUGCGACAACGUAUAAUUGAUGGCGAAGUGCAAACCAAAUCGCAGCGUUGGAAGAGUGCCAAACCUGCAUUGAGGCAACUAAUUGUAGACUUCUGUUUGCAACGGGAGUCCGCGAAGCGUGCGUCCAUCGAAGGAUUGCUGGGACAUCAAUUCCUGUUCGCCAAAUUCGAUGCAUUGCAAAAGGUGCUGCGUCGUUUGAAUCGUCAACAAACUGAAGAAAUUGAAACCUCUGAUGUUGAUGAUGACGACGACAAUGAGGAUGAGGAUGAUGAAGAAGCGGUUGCCACUGAACGGGAUGAGGAUGAGAAUGUAGCGGUAGCCUUAACGACGGAAGAGUGCGCUACUGUGAUGAAUGUGGAUGAACUCAUAGGCGAUAAUAUGAGUGUGGAGGGUGCUGAUGCAAAUGCUUUGUACGAAGAUGUGGAAAGUGACAGUGUUGAACAAAAUGAAGUGGUCGGUACAGAGGAAAUAGCUGAAGAAAUAGAAGAACUGCAACCAGCAGUGCUGGAAGCAACAGAUGAACUGGACAAUUGUAGGGAAUGGCAGCAAGUACAGGCGCAACAACAAGCCAGCUCGUCACACGAAUCCGACACGCAAUCGACACACAACCGUCUCGAGUCAGAGGGUGACCAAACGAGCGGUCUAGGCCGUAGUAAAUCCUCCGAUCACACACUGAUCGAACGGCAGACAUUGAGUGUAACUAGUUUGAAUGGACUGGAAGCGAGUGGAGAACCAAUUGAGUGCGGUGAACUCAUUGAACUUGAGUGUGUCACUAGCGAAAAGACUGUAAGCGCCGACGAACUGAACGACAGCAUGUUAGAGGGAUGCAUGGAAGUGUGUGGAUUUGCUGGUUUCGAUGAGGACGAAAUUAUAGAGCGUAAAGUGAACUAUAUUGAUAUACUACUAGCACAGAUUGAGCAGAAUAAGACUGCUACAGUUGAUAUUGACGAAGAAGAUGAAAUAGAAAAUGUGGCAGCGCCAAUGAAGACUGAACCAGUCGUUGAAAAGACAAAUGGAAAUAUAAGUGCAAUUAAGAAAAACGCUGGUCUUAAAGCCAAGCAAGCGUUGAACGAACUGAAAACUAAUGAUAUGAAUAACGAAACCAAUAAGACGAAUAAUAAAAUGGCAAAACCGUUGGAGGCAAAUGAACAAGCGCAAGAACCGCGCACGAGAAACACAAAGCAACGAAAUGUAAAACAAUUGCGCUCGAACAAGCAAUUGGCGGCUAAGAAAACAAAGACUGGUGCUAGAAGAAAAGAAGCAGUGGUGGACGCACAGGAGGAGAGCGCUUUAAUGCCUAGCACUGAUGUAAAAGAAGACGAAAUACGCAUUGAAAAAGACAGUUGUAGUAGCAGCAGCAGCAAACCUGAGCUGUCAUUGGCAGCCGAAUCCAAAAUCAUACGAUCUCGCCGCAAUCGACGCAGUUUGCGCUUACCCACGUACGAUGAUGAAAACAACUGGCUGGGUGUAACAACGCAAAUGCGUGCGAAACAUGCGCAACGUUUCAAAACACGCUAUCGCCUCUUCACGCUUUUGCUAUUUAGCACACAAAAUGCAUUGCGUCAUUUCAAAAUCGAACGCCGCUACUAUGAAUAUCAAACACCACAGACGAGUGAAACUCAGGAAGAGGACAAUGCAAAUACCAAUAAUACAGAAGAUGUAGAUGACAUAAAAAGGGAAAAUACUGCAAGCGUACAAAGUGAUAGGCAAGCCAGCAGCAGUGACGACAGUAAGGAAACGCUGCAAAAGCAAAAAAAUGGCGAACUCAUUACACCCAUAUCGAAAUCGACCUUCAAGACCAUGCCGAAAUUGGAAAAAGAAACACGUUACAAUCGCGGCCAAAGUCGAAAUGAGAUUGCCAAGCAUGAGAGUAACAUUAAGGAUGUUGUACCUUCGACAGCUGUACAUUUAGUGCCGGUUGGCACGCUUCGCACGUUGCGUCAACGUCACGUAUACAAAUGAUUGGCGCAUCUAUUGCGCAUUAUGGUGGAUCUAGAAUUCAUAGUGGGCUAUAGAUAUGGUCAAUAUUACAUAUUUACUUUUCACAUCUUUAUAAGUUAUUUUUGUAAAUUCAAUUAUGUUCUAAUUUAAAGCCAGCGGGAAUAAUAUGGCGAUUAUUGGCUUUGCCUGUAACAGAGAAGAGUACAUUUUAAAUGCGUUGAAAACUUUAAAUUCUUUAAACUUUAGUAUUAUGCAAAUCACAUUUUAAAUGAUUUUAACCAGUGGCAUAUGAUUACUUUUUGAUUCUAUCUAGUAUCUAGUAAGAAUGAAAUAAUUUAGUUGCUAUUUUCAAGUCUAACUAACUAAAUUGUGAAAAUCUUUUUACAGUUAAAUGGAAUCUUUAUAUUUUUGAUUUUACAUUAUUGUAUAUAAUGGAUUUUCUACAUUGAAACACAGCUGAGGCGAUUUAAUACUGUUUGGUUUAGUACGUUGUUGUUGUAUUACUUCAACUGUGGUAAAUUAUUUAAACUGGGUGCAGUGAUCGAAGGAAAAAGCUCAGGUAUAAAUAUAAAACCAUAAAAACACUGCACAAAUCGCAAUUAGAAAUUCGUUUACUAUAAUUUCAAUUUUUUUGUUGUUGUUUUUUUAUGAAUAUUACUAAAAUCUGUUUUACUUGACAACGCAUUUAAUUACUCUUCUUGUUACAUGCGAAGUGUUUUUUUAUUUUUUUCUGUAUGUAGCAACACUAAUUGUCAUAUUUUAUUGCAAGUACUAAAACGGUAAUUAGUAUAUAAUGUAAUGAAUACAGCGUUGAAAAGCUUAUUGUACCUAUAGUUCAAUUUAAACGAUAUUUAAAGAUGUGAGCAAUAAAUAUAUAAAAUUUAAAUAAUAAUAAUAACAUAAAUUAAUAUACCGAAGAAACGUGAAAACAAAAGUUAUGAUGAUGAUGAUGAUGACUGCUAUUAAAUAAAUAAGGAACAAAUGCAUAUUUUUUUAGUAAUAGUUAAUUGAGAUGAAUACGAGUAUAUAUACAUUUUUAACUCAAUGAAAAUAUUUGCACGAAACCAAAAACAAAAACAAAAUGAAGUUAUAAAUAUGCAUAUAUGUAUAAGCAAAAGCGAAAGCAAAAGCAACACAGCUGAAGUGGAGAAUAUGCGCCAAAAUAAUAUGAAUGGCGCCAUUAUAGCCAACAAACAAAAACAAAAACCGAUGUGUUUACUAUAAUUUCCAUUAAUGUUUAAUGCAAAAGCAAAUGUAUACAAUUUGCGCUUAAUUUUAGUGACAUACGAGGUAUAAUACAUACAUACAUAUAUGAAACAUAGACAUAAAAAUUAAAAAAAAAAUAAUAAUAAUAAUAUUUUAGCUAAACCAAAACAGUUUUACGUGUCUACAACACAAAAAAAAAAAAAUACACUAAACAGCAAACGGAAUAGACAACAACAUACAUAGUACAUAAUUUUAGUUUGUAAUUUAAGAAAUGAAUAUUCAUUAUUAAAUGCAUUAACAAAAAAAAAAUUAAUAAAAAGUCAAAAUUGAAUAUAUUUAGCAAACGAUUAUAAAGUUAUUUAAAUCAUGGCCACUAAACAGAUACGUAUGUACUAAGUCUAAGUGAAAUGAAGUGAAGUGUACUUUUCAAAUUGUUUUCAAAUGCAUAAUGUAAUGGCGUUAAUUGAAUUACAAAAUGUAAAUGCUAUUAUACUAGUGCAUAUUUGUAGCGUAAAUGCAACACUUGCUUAUGAAAUCUUAAAUAAUCGUUAUUUUUUAAAGCAACCUUAAGCAAAUGAGGUUAAAAGUAAAACUAUGUUUAGUUUACACCAUAGAGAAUGCUGCGAAUUUAAAAUACUAGCUCAGUUUGUUAUAACCAAUGCGUGUUUUGAAUGAAUACACAUUUAGUAGUACACAUUUUAUUUUUUUUUUUUUUGAUUUUGUUAAUAAAUAUAUUAACAUUUUCUUAAUUAAGAACUUAGUCGAAACAUAUGUAUGUAUUGUCAUGUAAAAGCGUAAAAUGAGCUUAACUUAGAAAUUUGUACGAAAAUUGAAAUUCCAACAUUUUACUAAAUUUUCAAAAUCAUUUUAAAGAAAUGCUGACUGUUAAAUAAUUAUAUAUACCAAUCUUCAUAGUAUAUUUCUGUACUUCAUAUUAAAUUUGUUCGCUUUUAAUUUUUUUUUUUCUUUUUUCCUAUGAAUUAAAUAUUGCUAAUAUCGUUUUCGCAACACACACUUCAAGCCAUGUUUCUUUAAAUGCCCACAAAUCUACCAACAGCUGACGACAUUGAGCCAUUUUUGGGUGCAUCAGUUUCUCACGGAAAUUUUUCAAUGUCUUAGGCUCCACGCACACUGGAUUAGUCAAAAACGUCUUUGACUAAUAAGAAACAAAAAUGUAUUUUGCUCUAGCCCAAACCAAACGAGCAUGCGCUUUUGUCUCGUCUUGUUCGGUGUGGGUUGUCACAUAUGAAGCUAUGGGAUGUUGUCAUAUCAGACAAGAAAAGACGUUUUGACUAGUCCGGUGUGGGUUGAGUCUUAAUCGGUAAUGUUCACCUGACUGCAUUUUACACAAAAAACUACUAAGUUUUACUUCAGCAAUUAAAAAAAACAGUUACACUAUUUUAUGAAGCUUUGUACAUAUGUAUGUAUGUAUAUCCACAUAUAUGAUGCCUAGUUCUAAUACUAUUUAUAAAUAAGUCAAUCACAGAAAAAAAUUAUAAUUUUUAACACAAAUAUUAUUGAAUUCUUUAAUAUUGAGUGAAGUCUAAAAAAUUGAGUUUCGCAAUUGAAAUUUGAAAAAAAUAAAAAUAAAAAAUAUAUAUACAAAGUAUCAACUAACUAAAUAUAUUAACAAAGCCAGUGUGUUUGCGUCCAAUGGUCGGAGAAAAAACAUACAUAAAAUAAUUUCCUAGCUCAAAUCACGUAAAUUUAUUUAGUCUAGUUAAUUUUUUUUGUUUUUGUUUAUAUUAUAUAAUUAAGUAUAAAUUCUAGUAAAAUAUUAAAAGAAAUUACCAAAAUAUGCACGCAUAUAACUACUACUGAAUUACAACAAUUUACCCAAGCGUAAUACAAUGUUUAUCUUUUGUUUCAAUUUACAAUUUACUUAUUAUUAAUAUUAUUAUUAUAAAUUUUUUUCAGUUAACCGAAUUUUGUUUAUAUGCAAAUAAGUUGAAUUUAGCUACAUUUGUUCGUUUUUAGCUUUAAUAUAAAUUUGAUUGUAAUAUUUUCUUCUAUUUAAGUAUGUUCGCAUUACAUUUAACACAAUUUAAUUAAUUAAAAAGAAAAAACAAAUACUUUUAACGCCAAUUAUCUUACUCAACUACAAAAUAUAUACAUACAUAUAUAUACAUGUAAUACAAGAAUAAUGAUAAAAGUUAUAUAUUUUGUUUUACUUUACUUUAAAUUACUUGCAAGCGCGAAAAAAAACUACAACGCAUUACUUAAAAAUAAAUUUUGUUUUGAAAAAUUUUAAACUUGUGUUUAUUUCAUUAUUUGCAGUAUUUUUAUUGUUUUUUUAUUUAAUGAUUUAAAUAUGCUACAUUUCAUUGCUCUACACAGUUUUGGAAGUAGAGCACUGAGAGUUUGUUGGGGAGUGUUCUUGGUCUAAAAAUCUACUUAUGUCAUGAAACACCGAAACUGACAUUUUAGAUAACUUUUUAUGCACAUAACGGUAAUUUUUAAAAUUUAAUUUUCCACUUUUUAAUUUUUGCAACGUGACCACUUUUUCUUUAUGAUUUUAGAAAAAUAUCAAAAACACUGAAAAAAGUUUUGUUUCCAAAAAACGCCUAAAUGUAUAUUAAAUAAAUUUAAAAAACAAAAAUAUAAAAUUUAAAACUUUUGAGUUAUCUAAAUUGUUGCCAAAAUAGGCUACGCAGCCACUAUAGGGAAAUUGUAUAUAAAUAAAAUAUAUUUAUGUAUAAGCUUACAAUUCUAAUUUGCAUAAAUAAACAAAAAAAAUAACAGUGAUUAUAUAUCAAUAAUAUGCUAUAUAAUAUAAGCAUAAAUCAUAAAAUAAUAGUGGAAUAACAGUAAAAUUAAGUAAAAUAUGAACAUUGAUUAAAAAAACAGGACAGCAAUCAAAAUCUGUAUAAACCAACCAUACCAUACCAUACCAUAUAUUUUUUUAAUUAGUAAAGAAAUACAGUAAAUACAUAAAUAACCAACAAAUAAUAUAGUAUAAAUGCACACACACAGACAUACAUAUUUGUGUGUAAAUCCUGCAAACAAUUAUUAAUUCCUGAAUACUUGAAUUCCCCUUAAGGUUUCCAUUUUUUAUGUAUGUAUGAGUAGGAAAAGGUGUACCGAGCGCUUUAGAUAUUCAUGUACCCGUUUGUAUAGCCGAAUUACUAAAACACAGUUUUUUUAAGAAUAUAAAAAUGCAUAUCGGAGUUAAAAUAUGAAACAUAACCUAAGCAACAAAUGCAACUUCGAAAAAAGUCUAAUAAUUAAAGAAAAAUAAUAUCACUUGUAAAAGUAAAUAUUUGUUCACACAUACAUAAAUAUAUGUAUAUUAUGUAUGUAUUUAAGUAAACAAAGAUAAGGUAAAGCAAAACAUUUAUAAUUAAUGAUGCCUUUAAAUUAAAGUUGCCUUAUAUCAGAGACAAAAUAAAUUGAAAAUGAAAAUAAAAACAAAAACAAAACCAAAAUAAACAAAUGUUGCCACAGUGCAGCGUUUGCGCAAACUUUUUUGAUACAAUUAUCAAAAAAUAAAUAAUAAUAAAUUAUACAUGUAAUGAAAGCCCACAUUGAUGAAAUAUUAUGGAAAAUCAUUUACAAGAUUUUCAGAAUUAUUUUAAAUGAGGAAUUAAUUUAAAUGGUAAUAAAUGUGGAAUAUUUGUUUAGCUAUAAAUACAGACAUAAUUUCAAUAUUACAGACACAAAUAUAUUUGACACAUAUAUAUAAAAGGAAUGUCGCUUCAGAUAUCCUUAAGGCAGUAGUCUAAAAAAAGCGUUUUUUCAGCAAUUUUUUUUUUUGAAAGAGAAGGAAAUGAUUGCGGUGAACGGAAUUUUAAGAUAGUGUACUAUAUUUAAGGCUUAAAAAACAGUAUUUAUUAUUAAAAAAUAUUGAAAUUUUUUCAAAGUUGUAGUAUUGACCGCCUGGAGUCUGCACUUGUAAAUCGGUGCCGGUGACGGAGGUCGUGCGAUGCAAAGUCGAACCAAAUUUUUUUUUAAUUUUUAUAAGUUUCUUAUCCUUAAGUACUAAAAAAAUACCGAAGAAGCUAUACAAUUCCAAAUUUUUUCGAAGUUUGAAAAAAAAAUUGACUUUAAGUUGCAAAUUAAGUAGUUUAAAUAAUACUUUUGUCCAACUUUUUUAGUUCAAAUAAAAGAUAUUUUAAUACUGAAGCUAGAUCACUUUGGUUUUUUUCGAUCGGACAUAUAUUCUUUUUGCUAUAGCCGGCACCGUUAUCUAACACUUGUUACAAUGAAAACUCGAGAAAACGCGCUUUAAGCAUUCGCACCUGCUCGACGCUCGGCCACUAAAACUGCUCUAGCUUCGAAAAUAUGUCGAAUUGGCCUCUGGAAUUUUAAAGACAUAUUCUUGGAUAGUUUUGGAAGAGAUUUAAAACAAAACAAAAAAAUCGAUUUUUUGAAGCCUGUAAAGCAGACUACUGCCUUAAACCUGACCAAAAAAAAAAAAAAAACAAAUAUAUUGACAAACAUUAUUUCUAAAUAGUACUAUCAUUAUAAUUUUUGCAACCUUUUAUUUUACCUCAUCAUACAAUUCAGAAGCUUAUCAAUAUUGUUUGUUCAUACUAAAAUCAUAUUUUGCUAAAAUUAAAAAAAAAAUAAUUUUGGAAGUAGCCGAAAAAUAUUUUUAUUUUUUAAUUUUGCAUCACAUGUGCUAGUGUAUAUUUCUAUUUUAUAUUUUAUUUUAAGAUUCCAUUCAAUAACGUAAGUAUGAAAAAAUUUCCUUUGCCUUAAAAAUAAAAAAAAUUUAAAUCAAAUAAAUAUGAUUAAGCUCAAAAGAAAAUUAUACAAAGAAUGAUGCAGAAAACAUGCAAGAAAAAGGCAAGGCAACUAGUUGCAAAAACAUAAAACUUUUAAAUUGUUUGAGCAAACAUUGUGUUUCGAAAAGAGCGACAGAGAGGGAGAGCGAAAAAAAUGAUGGAAUAUGAAGAGCUUGUACACGUAGAGUUAGCUAUUUGUGUGUAUAUACAUAUAUAUAUGUAUAUGUAGUAUAUGUGGGUAAACAAAAUAUACUAUAGACCCACAGUAGGAUAAGUAACCAACCAUGACUAUAUUUCAUGAAAUUGGUUAAGAUCAAAUGGAGAUAUAAAACAAAUAAAAUAUAUUUAGUAUUAAAUAUAAAAGUAGUGCAAAGUAUUGAUAAAAACAUUUUUCUAGUAAGCAAUUGAGUCUAAUAUAAAUUAGUUAUAAAAGUAAAUUAUUUGAAAAUAAGAAAUACAUAUAAAUUAUAUACAAUAAAUGCAAAUUGAAGUUGUUAUAAAAUUAACUGUAAGUGUGUAUAUUGCAUGUAGAAAAAAUUAUAAAUAAUAACAAAUUAACACAGAGAAAAAAAAAUAACUGGUAAAAAAUUACUUUUAUUUUUAAUAAAUGUUGGGGAAGUGAAUAGUUUUUUCUCUUGGGGGUACGCGGUAGCUUUUUGCAAUAAAAAUACAUUCCGAUUACAAUUUUUUAUAUUUAUUACUAUAUUGUUUUAUUUAUUUCUUAUAAAAUUUAACAAAUUCAAAUUAGUGUCUAUUUUGAUUUAUUUUCUUUUUUUACCAAUAUUCUUUUUACUCACACCAGCUUUUUUCGAACGCUUGGUGUAUGAUUUUGAGUUGGAGUGUCGUUUCUCUUCCCAUUUCAUUUGUUUCGCUGAAGAUUUGUCCUUAUUGAAAAUUGCCUUUGAAGUACCCUGUCCCUUUGUUUUACCCGUUUCCUCCAAAAGUUCAGCAAAAUCGUCUGCGGCGGCGAACAGUGAACUCAUAUC